AUAUUUCAUAUAACCUCCUCAGGACUAUAGCUUAGAAUAGACCUUCUCGCACUCUAUCCUUCCCUACCUACCUUUUCUCUCUCAUACCAAAAACGGAAAAUCUUAUAAUGCAAAACAAACUCUUUUUUAAGCUUACGACCUCGCCUAUCUUCCUUGUAUUUUUGUUAUUGCCUUUCUCAGUUUUUUCAACAUUCACAAUAUCCAACAAUUGUCCAUUCACAAUAUGGCCAGGGACGUUAUCUGGGUCAGGUACACCCCCGCUUUCAACCACCGGGUUCCAGCUGGAGUCAGGGAAGACGGUAAGACUCGAUGCGAUUCCAGGGUGGUCGGGCAGGAUAUGGGCGAGAACUGGGUGUCGAUUCGAUGCGACUGGUGCUGGGAUGUGUCUAACAGGGGAUUGUGGAGGGAGGUUGGAAUGUGAUGGGAGCGGGGCUACACCACCAGCUUCGUUGUUUGAGAUCACACUUGGGCAAGGCAAUGAUAAGGACUUUUAUGAUGUUAGUAUUGUGGAUGGUUAUAACUUGCCUAUUGUUGCCUGGCCAACUGGACCAAAUGGUGCUGCUUGCAACGCAACAGGGUGUAUUUCUGACAUCAAUACGGGAUGCCCGAAAGAGCUGCAAGUGGUAGGCGGAGAUGAAAAGGAAGGAGUCAUUGCAUGUAAAAGCGCAUGUGAGGCUUUCGGACAAGACCAGUAUUGCUGUAGUGGACAGUUCGCCAACCCAACAACAUGUAAACCCACAUAUUAUUCAACGGUUUUCAAGAGAGCUUGUCCGAGGGCAUAUAGCUAUGCCUAUGAUGACGGCACAAGCACAUUUACGUGCAAGGCUUAUAACUAUGACAUAGUCUUCUGCCCUUCUACUGCUGCUAUGAAGAAGAAACCCUUUGGCAGCACAGCUAUGUCACCGCCACAUGUCCCAUAUGACUCACCAUCAAUCAGCUAUGGUACACCGCCAAGUAACACGUACAGUUCACCACCAAUCGGCUAUGGUACACCCACGAGUAACACGUACAGUUCACCACCAGUCGGCUAUGGUACAUCCCCAAGUACCACCUACAACUCACCUCCAACUGGAUACGAGACACCACCGAGCUUCAUUUAUGACUCACCGCCAACAAUCAGAAAGCACAGUUAUGGGGCAUCUGAAGGGGAGGUCUCCUCGGCAUAUGCCAUUCCAGCAUACCAUGUGCAUAUACUUAUACCCUUCAGUAUGCUGCUGUGGCUCUGAAAUGAUUCAUUAAUGGAGCUGGAAAUUCAGUACUUUGGACUGGAAGCUCACUCGGACAAACGAUGCAGAAAAAGGUGCUCAAGGUGUUCUAGUUAUUGGAAUGAUGGGAAAAUGUAAGGACUAUUCAGUGAGAUAGAAGCUGUGUAGAAGAUGAUUAACGCAAUUAUUUCAUGCCUCAAGGAACACAAGGCAGAUCAAACACAAACCAAAUGUCGAUAUCCAAAAAUAUUCAUUUUUAAUGAUAUAAAAAUUGCUAACAUAAUUAAAUUCUGCACAACACUGAUUGUUCUCUUGUUUUAGCAUGUAUCUACUAUUCUCUUCCAUUUGGAAAUUAUUUUCAUUUUCAAGCUAUGAAACAAAUUACUAGACGAAUUAAACAAAAAGAU